CGCGGCCUCCCGCCUGCCAGGACCAUGCCGUCGGGGAGGGAGCCGGGCGCCCCUCGGCUGCGGGAUCCGAGCGGGGCGGCCGCCCCGGCAGCGGCCGGCAGCGCCUGAUCCCGCGCCGCGCUGCCCCCGCGCACCGCCAUGGACGAGCGCUUCAACAGGUGGCUGCUGCCGCCGCUGCUGGCGCUGCUCUUCUUGCUCAUCGUCUACCAGUACGUGUCGCCCGCCUGCCCCGGCGCCGCCUGCCCCCGCCGCCCGCCGGCGUCCGCCGCCCGCCGCGGGGGGGGCCCGGAGGAGCGGGAGGAAGAGGAGGAGGCGGCGGCGAUGCCGCGGCUGGCGGCCAAGUUCCCCUUCGCCCGGGGGGAGCUGUGCCGGCGGGUGCGGUUCGACAUGCGGGGCCGCGACGUGAUCGUCUUCCUCCACAUCCAGAAGACGGGCGGCACCACCUUCGGGCGGCACCUGGUGCGCAACAUCCACCUGGAGCAGCCCUGCUACUGCCGGGCCGGGCAGAAGAAGUGCGCCUGCCACCGCCCGGGCGGCGACAAGGACACCUGGCUCUUCUCCCGCUUCUCCACCGGCUGGAGCUGCGGGCUGCACGCCGACUGGACCGAGCUCACCAGCUGCGUGCCCGCCGCCAUGGAGCGCCGCGGCUGCGCCGGCAACCGCACCCUCAGGAAUUUCUAUUACAUCACCAUGCUGAGGGAUCCAGUGUCGCGGUACUUGAGUGAAUGGAAGCACGUCCAGAGGGGUGCGACGUGGAAAACCUCCCUUCACAUGUGCGACGGAAGAAGCCCAACCCCGGACGAGCUGCCUACCUGUUACGAGGGAGAUGACUGGUCCGGAGUCAGCCUACAGGAGUUCAUGGACUGUAGCUACAACCUGGCCAGCAACCGCCAGGUGCGCAUGCUGGCAGACCUCAGCCUGGUGGGGUGCUACAACCUGACUUUUAUGAACGAGAGUGAGAGAAACAUGAUCCUUCUCCAAAGCGCCAAGAACAAUCUGAAAAACAUGGCCUUCUUCGGGCUGACGGAAUUUCAGAGGAAAACACAGUAUCUCUUUGAGAGGACAUUCAACCUGAAAUUCAUUUCCCCGUUCACCCAAUUCAAUGUUACGCGGGCCUCCAACGUGGACAUCGGCGAGGAUGUGCGGCAGCGGAUAGAGGAGCUGAAUUUCUUGGACGUGCAGCUGUAUGAGUACGCAAAGGACCUGUUCCUGCAGCGCUUCCAGUACUCCAAGCAGGAGGAGCACCAGAAGAACCGGCUAAAGAGGCGAGAGGAGCGGCGACUGCUGCGGGAGCAGAGAGCUCACCAGUGGCCAAGGGAAGAGGCAGCAGAAGUAGCUGUUACUGAAGAUUAUAAUAGCCAGGUUGCAAGGUGGUGAUGCUCCUCCAUCUUGCCUCACCAACGAGAGGUUCAGAUUGUUUGUGCAAUGUGGCUGUCUAGGAAUUAGCCAAGGGAGACCUACUGCUUUGGUAAAUGAGACCUCGUCUGACAACUCCCCCUCCUUGUCUCAGUUUUUCUUGGUUUCUGCCAGUGAGAAUGUAUUUUUUUUCUCAAUAGGUAUUGAUUAGUGUUACUAAAUGGCAGUAGAAUAAGAUUUCUGUCAGAAAAGACUUCCUUGAAACACUUAACCUAUGAGGAUGGAUUGAAGAGAGAGAUUAUUUGUAUUAACCGAUGUACCCUGUAUAACCUGAGCUACUAAAACUUGUGCAGACAUGAAUGAUAAAUUGGGGAAAAAUACCUGGCUUGGUUCCUUUGUGACAUGAGAGCUGGUUUAUUUUGUACUGUUCAUUGUAACUGUAGUGCAUAGCUUUCUAGUGAAUGAAAUGGAGAAGGUGCAACAUUGCCCUUCAAACUUCUACAUGCUGUGUUUUGAUUAAGGGAAGAAUUUGAUGAGGUAAUUAAAAAAGACACAGGAAGUGUUGGAUUGGGGCACUUUUUGCUCUGUUCCAAAGGCCAGCAGUCAGAGAUGGAUUAUAGGUGAGGUGGUGGAGGGAUUGGCUUAUUUCCUUGCAGGUGCUGAGAGUACCGAGCCCAGCCGGGUAGGAACCAUCUUUCUAAAUGUGUGUGGCAAAGGCAAGCUUUGAGAAAUUAGGUCCAUGUGGCAGCUGAGCACACAUCACAGAGAUUAUCUGGCUGGGGGCAAUGAAAUCUGCCUUCACACUCGCAAAAGGGGUCAAGCAAACUCCAGGGAAGAGGAAAGGGAGAGAAGGAAAACCUUAAUUAUUAGCGCAACAUUUUCCAGAUUUGCUGAAAAAGCCUGGAGAUACAUUGUCUGUGAAGAUGGACAGGUUUAUUAUAUUGUCUGUUAAAAUACACUGAUGCUGAGUGCAUACACUUUAAAUUGGUUUUCUCUCUAACUACAGUAGUGGCUAGAAAAAAUAUCAGCUUUCAUUUUUAUAGGAUACAUAAUGGAUAUGUGGAAAGUCUUGAUAUUUAUUACUCUAUAUGAGGAUUCUUUGUAAAUUUAUUGUUUUCAUGAUGAGAGAUCUGUAUCUGUUUUUCUUCCUUGUCUAGAAAAAGAUUCAAUGGGUUCUUCCUCCACGUGUUCCAUUCUUGUGGCUAAACUGCAUCUGUUUAUUCCAGGAUUUUAUGUUGUUCCAUUCGUAAUAGUGAAAUUUUAAAGAGGGUCCUGUGCAUUAUAGAUCUUCUGAGAGAGUUUUUUUCCUUCUUCUUCUGGCAUAAAUGUAAAGCAUUAGGAGGAAAUUUCUCUAAGUGCCUCAACGUGGCUGCUAAAUCAAGAUGCUGAAAGUAUAUUAUUGCAUGCAUGAAUGGCUUUUACCUUACAGAUUUGCUAAUUAGAAGUACCAGAGUACCUGAUGUGGAUGCACAUUUCUCGCUUGUUUUCAAAAUUCAAGGUUUCUAUCCAGUUGGUUGAAAAAAUAAUGUGUUAUAGAAAAAAGAGGCUCAAGUUGAAAAUUUGUCCCUUCAUUUACAAGUAGGGAUUUUUUUUGUGCAUGAUAGAUCUUCUUUUCUUCUGACAAUGCUAUUGCUACUUGUCUAUGCAGAAUAUCAAAAAUGCAAUCAAUGAUCCUAUUGAGAGUUAAUGCAUAUGAUAAUACAUUGAACAUGAAAUAUCCUAAUAGCAUUAAGAAGUGAAGAGGGCUACCAGGAUGAUGCCUCAUUAUCAAUGUCCUUCAUUAACAAUAUGCUGCUUUAUGUCCGAUUUCAAUGUGUUAUUUUGGGUGAGUAGUGGUGGGUUUUGGUCCAUAAUACCUCUUCCACUCGUGGUUCAUGUACAUCUUCUCCCACCUCCCCGUUCAGAAGGGCAGAGAAAGAUUGUUCUCUUGUCUGAGCAUGGGAUGUCUGCCUUAGGGAAGAGUGAGGAGCUCCCUGGGCUCCUGGGCAGUGCUGCUUGGAUCCCCAUGCCUGGAAGAGGUGCUCAGACACCUCGCUCACGCAUGGACAAGAAUUAAAUUGCAAUCUUUACAGUUGAGGACUGAAGCUCGCUCUGGGUGUCCUGCAGGACAGUGAGGUCCUGAGGAGCUAAGGCUCACUGGCACCAUUGCACCUUUAGCACAGUGCAGGUAAUUCACAGUGAUGCUACAUCUUAGCUGCUGGUACCAGGGCUUUGGGCUGCACUGGCUCUGGCCCUUUGGAGGGAAGGAGCUUUCUGGUCAGUGACACAGGGCUGGUGGGAGCUGUUGCAUCUCUCCAUUCCUGCACCCAUUGCCACAUCUUGCUGGAGACCAAACAGCAUGAGAGGAGAAGGAUGCUUUUGGCACCUGAUGCUCAGUCUCCAUGAUUUGUAGGUACACUUCUUGUUUCCAUGAGCACAAAGAGCUCAGGGUGCUGGGGAGACCCCGAAGGGCAGGGGAGAAGCCAGCCAUGUGGGAGGCAAGAUGCAAGGCCAAAUUCACAUUAAGGAGCAAGGUAAGCAAGGAAGUAAGAUAAAUUCCAACUCGUCUUUUGUUCUAUAGGGCAUCCUUCCCUCUUCCUCCUAAGUGCAAAAAAAAAGUUGUCCCUUCCUUGCAUACCUCUUUGCUCAGCAGGCCGCCUCUCCAAGCUGCUUACAGCAACUGAGGCCUCGUUUUUCAUUUAGACAAUGUAGUGGUUUCUUUUCAAGAGAGAGGAGACAGUGCUCAGAAAUACUUCCCUGGAGCCUCACUGGUGACUGUAAGUAUCAGUUUCAGCUGUCUAAGCACACAAACUGUUCUCCAGACUGUUGCUUCUGCCUGAUACAAUACAAUACAAAGCCUAAUGAGGAAAAUCAAAGCUGGUUUUAGGUGGUUUACAUUAGCUUGAAUAGUUUGGCAACACCUUAAUGGGAUGCCUAUCCUUUUUCAUCAGUCAUUUCCCAGGAGUCAAGAUUUGGGUCCUGAAGAGCUGCUGAAGAGCUGUUAAUGUGCUGUGGCAUCUAUGUUAACAGGAUUUGCCUUAACACUUGGGAUUUAUUUAAAAUAGAAGCUGAUUCUUUGGAAUAUUUUUUUUUCCUUUUUUUUUUUUUUCCUUUUUUUUUUUUUGCCUCUUGAGCCUGUGUAACAGCCGUGGUUGUGCAGGAGUAGGUUUGUUGCUUUUGUUGUUUUGGGAUUCUUUUGGUGGGCAAUUAGCAGCUAAGACCUUGUCCAGAGCCCAGGGACUGAAGGACCUGGCACCUCCUUCCCUAGCUCCAGCUGCAGAUCCAGCAAACUCACUGCACCAACAAUCCUGUUUUUCUUAGGAGAAUUUUCUUACACAUGACAAAUAAUGCAGUUUGGAAAUGCCUUCAGGCUGACUUCUAAGACAGAGGCCUGCAGCUUUUUCCCUCUUGGGCACUGUGCCUAAAAUCAUGUAAUGCAAAAGCAAAAUAAAGGUCCUGCUUCAUAUCUCUGUUAUUCCAGAUUUUCGUUGCUCUGACAGCAUAAACUUCACCAUAAUUACACUGGCCCAUAUAAGACCAGGGAGCAGCAUGUUUCUUUCUGAAGCUUCAUGAGCAACAAUGCUAUAGGAUUUCUGUCCGUCUUCCUGGCAUUAUUUUGUUGCUUAAACACGGCAGUUUGGCUUCUGCUACUGUGGUGCUGAAAGAAAUCUCAUUCUUUUGCAAUGGAGAGGUACUUGCUAAUCUCUCCCAUCACGUUCCCAGCACUACCUUUUCCAGUUAUAAUUCACUGUAGGCUCGGAGUGGACAAAUAUGCUGUGUCAUUAGAACCUGUUCAUAAUUUGGUGUCUAGUCCAAGCACUCACCUUAUGGCCUUAUUGCCUUAAGGUUCCUUCAUUAAGAAAUGAAAAUUUGUUCUCUCUUCCCUGGUCAUCAUUGCUGACAGUAAAAAUCUUUUUUACCACCAAUAAAAAGACCAGUUUCUGAUGUUGGGUAUUUUCCACCGCUGUUGUGUUAAUAGUGAGCCUGUCAUGGUCUUGCUAGGGAUUCUACCCAAUAUGCAGCCGUUACUUGCUGUUCACUAAAAACAGAAAUACGGAACAAAAAAGUAAUGGAAAUCAGAGCCACACUUCAUAGGUGUAUCAUACCCAUUCAACCAAAUGGCAAGUCACAUCAACUUUUUGUGGAGAUAUUUCAGAUUUGACAUCCAUGACUAAAUCAAGAGGUUUCUUAAGUUGGUCUCCUUGUUAGCACAUGCUUCCUUCUGCCCUAGUGGGAUCUUGUUUCCCACCUGCAUUCUUGUAUCAGUUAUAAGCACUGCUGUUUUAAAACAUAUCUCACUUUUUAUUUCCUCUGUUGCUAUUCCCCUGACACAUAUGGAAUUAUUCUCUUUUUUUCUUUUGUUCUGGGAUAAGGCUUAUCUUGUUUCCACAUUGGUGGGGAAUACUGUGUACAAGAUGAACAAUCACAAUAAAGUCAUUCAGCAGGAGCUGAUGGCUGUAUUCUCCCUAUAUGUGGCAAAAAAAAAAAAGCACACUCAAGAAAAGGAAAAUGGCACCCUAUUUUCACUGUAACACUUCUUUCAGUUUGGUUCCUGUAAUACUUUCUUUGUCUACAUUUUGUGGAGGGAAAUGGGCUCCAUAGCCUGCAAUGUCCUUGGCUUUCUUCUUAGCCGUAUCAUUAGCUCUGGGAUUUCAAAUAAACAUUGGAAGAGAAGAAAAAAUAAAGAAUUCCCAUCAGUUGCCAUAUUUAAGGUGAAAGAAUAAAUUAAUAAGCUGUAAAUUACUUUAUUCUUUAGGAAUUUUCCUUCUGUUUAUGUGCAAAACUGUUUGUGAAUUCUGCUACUGAAAGAUUGUAUUGUGAGUAAUCAUAUAUACUUCCAUUCCUAUUUAAAAGAUAGUUUGUAGACCUAGGGAUUUCAUUGACGUAAAGCACAAUUUAAUGAAUUAUUUAAUGUGUUUAACCAUUGUGAUGUCAAAAGCAAUUGUUUUCAUAUAUUUAUUUGUUGGUGAUUUUCUGUAAAAUGAUACUCAUUAAGAGAUCUGUUAAAAAUGAAGUUUUGUUGAAUAUUGUUGGGUCCAUGAAUUACUUAUGAGAACAAAUAAACACUGACUGUGUUUUUGAAA